GCUCUUCAGAAUUUUGGACAUUUCAUGUCCAUGUUCCAGCAGCCGGGAGGAUUUUCACCUUUUUAUCCGGGAUUGUAUCCACAAUCUUCGCCUCAAACUAACGUCAUUCGCCCGAUCGUCCCGACAAACCUGAUCGGGGAGAUGGAUAAAGCAGGUCCAUCCCGGUCUAGAAGAAGCCGGUCCCGUAGGUCACAAACAAAGGUGACCUUGGACGGGAAUGUGCGUUCAGUCCACAGCAAGGACGAGGAUUGGGACGUCCCCCAAGCGCUCAAAAAAUUGAAGGGAAAGGAUGUUCAACCAGAAGGAUCUAGGAGGUCGGCCUUCCAAAGGCUGGGACACGAUGGCCGAAAUCAAAACAGGUCAGCAAAGGAACGGUUGGGAGUGGAAACCAUCCCGGCUAGUGCCUUUAAUCGUGUGGGGAGAGGAGCCGGACGACCUGGUCAGACCAGGCGAACGGAACCACCCCCACGCGAUGAGCCCCAGCACAGCCGGGCGCCGCGGGAGGAAGAAGCCGAAAGCCACCCCAGGCAUCUGACCCGUUCUCAUGUUGAACAACCUCGGGAUCGUGUGGGCCGAGUCGAGGCACGUCUGGAGAAACUGCAACGCCGAGUAGACCGGGAAGAAAAGAAGAAGAUUCUGCUGAACGAAUCUCCGUUCACAGACCGGGUUCAUGAGACCCCGUUUCCAAAGAAGGCGAAACUUGAAGUCCAGAAGUUCACCGGGAAGGAGGACCCGGAAAUUCACGUCAAAACCCUCCAUCAAAGUGGGCGGAUGAUGGGUCUUUCCGGGGAUGAGAAAUGUUUGCUUUUCUUUCAAACCCUCCGCGGCCGCGCCGCCGAGUGGUUUCAUAACUUACCGGCCGGUGAAAUCGAUUCUUUCGAUGAGCUGCCUGAGGUGUUUCAAGAAAAGUUUAAGGAAAAUUGUACCAAGAGGAAAAAAUUCACCUACUUGAGUACAGCCGGGCAGCGAGAGCACGAGGAUCUGACAAAAUUCCUUACCCGGUGGAAGGAUGAAGUUGACAAGGUGGAGGAGAUGGACGACAAAACAACCAUGUCCCUCCUUGUGUCCGGGCUCCGGUCUGGAGAGCUUUACAAAGAAUUCUGCAGGAGGCCUCCCCAGUCCUACCAAAAGGCCUAUAACACGGCCUGGGAUUAUGCUGACGCUGAGGCACAGGUGUCAACCAAGCGGGAGGCCGAGCAGGGCCAUUCAAAAGGAAAGAUUUCCUUGAAAAAGGAGAUUGGAUUGCCCGAGUGUAACAGUGUGAAAGGAGUAAUAAAGCAGAUGAUCGAGGCCGGGGAGAUUGAUCCUGAGUACCUGGCUCAGGCCAAACCAAAGAAGAAUCAAUGGGUUAGGCCUGAAGGACAGCCGGCCGAACAGAACAAGAAGAAGAAAGCAGCCGGCAAGGAGCAUUUACAGGUCAUCUACGGUGGACCGGAAGGGGGAGAUUCUGCUUCCCAAAGGAAGAAGUGGGGGAGAGAGAUCUACGUGGGGACGGUAGCCCUCAAUCCCCGGUCAAAACAAGAAAGACGGGAACCGAUCACUUUUACUGACCGGGACCUUCCCGCCACCGGAGAAGAUCACAAUGACCCCCUGGUGAUAACUAUGGACAUGGGUGGAGUUGAUGUCUCCCGGGUACUUGUUGACACGGGCAGCAGUGUUAACAUUUUGUACCUGGAGGCAUUUGAGAAGCUCAAGUUGUGUCGAACACGGCUUGAGCCCCUAAAGACUCCCCUGUCUGGGUUUACCGGGGACUCAGUCGAAGCUGAAGGGUCGAUUCUUCUAACUUGUGAGCUGGGCACAGGCGACCAGGUCGUCCAAAAGCAAAUGAGGUUUGUAGUUGUGAACAUCAAAUGUGUUCACAACGCUAUUUUGGGCCGGCCUGGGAUAAACAAGGUUCGAGGGGUCAUCUCCAUGGCCCACCUCUUCUUAGCAUUAUCAAUAACAAACCGGGUUACAGGUGUUUCCACCUACAGCCCUUCCGAUUACUUUUACUUAGUGUUUGCGUGGUAAUUUACACCAUCAAUACUGAAGAUCAUUAAAAAAAUGAAUGAGAAAUUUAUUUCAAGACGGAAGAAAUACAAUAUUUCAUCGAUCGAUUUAACUACGCAAUAUUUUUAUCAUAUUAUUUACUCUGUAAUAAAUUGAAAAGAUAAAA